AUGAAAUUCGUUAUUGUUCUUGUGGCUUGCAUCGCCAUGGCGUGCGCCGAUAAUCCAAAUGCUGCCGACGAAACGCUCAGAUACGAUAGUGUCAAUACUGGCGUCGAUGGAUACACUUUCGGUUUUGAAACAAGUGGCGGAAUCAAACACGAAGAAGAUGGAAAAGUUAUCGAUCCUGAAACCUCUGGAAUUGCUGUUCGUGGAUCUUAUUCGUUUGUUGGCGAUGAUGGCGUCACCUACACCGUCAAUUAUGUUGCUGAUGAGAACGGUUUCCGUCCAGAGGGCAAACAUUUGCCAAGAGCCUAA